AAACAGCGUGUCGCCAAGGUGCGGAGAGAAUUGACGAACUGCUCAAAUUAGAACUUACUUCUUUUUGCAUCAAAAAUUUUCUAGCCUCAUUUACUAAUCGAGAUGGAGGAAAUAAAUUUGGAACUGUUAUUAAAAAUGAGGAAUUUCUCAAAACUUUGCUACCGACCGAUCCUGAAAACUCAA